UCAACAGUAUAGAGACUAAGCUCAUUACAUCUCUCCGCUCUCUCGCACCUUUGCUCUUCUUACAAACUUUGUCAAUGGCUGCUGCUGCCGCUUCUUCAAACACCAUAGCACUAGCAGCAGCUAAGCCCUUAACCAAAGCCCCUACUCCAACCGUUUUCAACGGUCUCGCAUUCUCCGUUAACAACCUCACUCCAAGACCCCUCGCUGCUCGCCACGUCAACGGUGCUGCCCUCGCUGCUAAAAUGGUUUCGUCGGCGCCGGCGGUUUCUCUCCCUGCCUCGCUUGAUUUCAACACUUCUAUCUUCAAGAAGGAGAAGAUUAGCCUCGCUGGACACGAUGAGUACAUUGUGAAAGGAGGGAGAGAUUUGUUUCAUUUGUUGCCGGAUGCUUUCAAGGGGAUUAAGCAGAUUGGUGUUAUCGGAUGGGGUUCACAGGGACCUGCACAGGCCCAGAAUCUUCGGGACUCGCUCGCUGAAGCAAAGUCUGACAUAGUGGUUAAGAUUGGACUCAGGAAAGGUUCUAGUUCCUUUAAUGAAGCUCGGGCAGCUGGUUUCAGUGAGGAAAAUGGAACUCUAGGUGACAUAUGGGAUACUAUCUCAGGCAGUGAUCUUGUCUUGCUCUUAAUUUCAGAUGCUGCACAGGCAGAUAGUUAUGAAAAAAUAUUUUCGCACAUGAAGCCAGGCAGCAUACUUGGAUUGUCCCAUGGGUUUCUUCUUGGGCAUUUACAGUCACUGGGAAUUGAUUUUCCCAAGCACUUCAGUGUAAUUGCUGUAUGUCCAAAGGGGAUGGGUCCUUCAGUGAGGAGGCUCUAUGUUCAAGGCAAAGAGAUAACAUGGUCUGUUGCCCUUGGUUCUCCCUUCACAUUUGCGACUACAUUGGAGAUGGAAUACAGGAGUGACAUAUUUGGAGAGAGAGGCAUUUUACUCGGUGCUGUUCAUGGAAUUGUGGAGUCCUUGUUUAGGAGGUACACUGAAAAUGGAAUGAGUGAAGAUCUGGCUUAUAAGAACACUGUUGAGUCCAUAACAGGAAUCAUAUCUAAAAUCAUAUCAACUAAGGGCAUGUUGGCUGUAUACAAUUCUUUAUCUGAAGAUGAAAAAAGAGAAUUCGAGACGGCAUAUAGUGCUUCAUAUUAUCCCUGCAUGGAGAUUUUGUACGAGUGCUACGAGGAUGUAGCUAGUUGUAGCGAGAUUCGCAGUGUUGUUUUGGCUGGGCGUCGCUUUUAUGAGAAAGAGGGUCUACCUGCCUUUCCCAUGGGCAAAAUUGAUCAGACCCGCAUGUGGAAAGUUGGUCAGCGUGUCCGAUCUACAAGGCCAGCAGGUGAUCUAGGGCCAUUAUAUCCAUUUACUGCUGGUGUAUAUGUGGCAUUGAUGAUGGCUCAGAUUGAGAUCUUGAGGAAGAAAGGGCAUUCCUACUCUGAAAUCAUCAAUGAGAGUGUCAUUGAGUCUGUUGAUUCAUUGAACCCUUUCAUGCAUGCUCGUGGUGUAUCUUUCAUGGUUGAUAACUGUUCAACCACAGCAAGGUUGGGUUCAAGGAAAUGGGCUCCUAGAUUCGAUUACAUCCUAACCCAGCAGGCCUUGGUGGCAGUAGACAGUGGUGCGCCUACUAACCGGGACCUGAUCAGCAACUUCUUGUCAGAUCCAGUCCAUGGAGCCAUUGAAGUAUGUGCUGAACUGAGGCCUACCGUGGAUAUUUCAGUCCCACCAGAUGCGGAUUUUGUCCGUCCUGAGUUGCGCCAGUCUGGAAACUAGAACAUCAAGCAGUUGAUGCUUUUUCUUGAGCUGAUUCAAUUUCGGAAUGCUCAGAAUAGCCUGUAUGCUAGUAGUGAGUGGAUUUUGUUUGAGUUCUAGUAUGGAACAUCUGUAUUAAUUCUCUCUAGUUUUAAAGAUUUUGCGGAUGAGGAAUGUUGCGUAUUAGGUAAUAUCGUACUAUAAAUGAGCUGAUCAGUUAUGUUUACAAGUAUGUGGAGUGUUAUUUGUGGGUAUCAUGGCAUCAGUCCAAUAAAAUUUCUUAGAGCUUUAUUCCA